UUAAACUAAAAGCUAAAAACUCCUAAUAAGACGAUGGGUUGUUAAGUUUUUUCAGGAAAAUUGAUUCCUUGAAGCAAACGGUCAAUUUUGAGAUGAAGAAAACUGUUGGGAUCAUCACCAUGGCUAGACCCUUGUCAACAAUCUUCAAAUCAACGAAACCCCGUAUUCUGAAUCCACCAAAACCCACAAAUUUUGAAUCCUUGAAGCCUACAAAUCUCAAAGUUUGCUCUUCUUCAAAUCCAAUAAUAGCAAGUUCCAGCAAAUCAAGAAAUUCACAGCUGUCCUCUUCAGAAUCUUCCCCAAAUGACUCUGAAUUCAAUAAUUCAAGAAAAUGCAAUAAAAAGAGGUGUUUGUCUUUGUGGUGUGUAUACCUCAUUCUAUCCACAAAUGCACCUAUUAAGACAUAUGUUGGUGUCACUACCAAUUUCACUCGCCGACUGAAACAACAUAAUGGUGAACUAAAAGGGGGUGCAAAGGCAUCUCGUUCGGGAAGACCAUGGAUUUGUGCCUGCCUUAUUAGAGGAUUUAAGGACAGAAGUGAAGCUUGUGCGUUUGAAUCGAAAUGGAAGCAAGUAUCAAGAAAGCUCCCCCGUAAAAGGAAGAUUACUGAGGAGCAGAGGCCAGAAGACAAUGGAUCUUUUGCAUUAUUGCAGCAUAGACAUGCAGCUCUGGAUCGCGUUCGAAGUUUGAUAGACUGCACUAACUUAAAUAUUGAUUGGCAUUCUAAUUUUAUAUAUUGAUCUUCUCUACAGAAAUAAUGCAACCACAGUAAAAAAUAUACUAUAUAUUUUAACUUAUAAAGAGUAAAUGUAGUUGAUAUAUUGUAUAGGUAGGGAAAUGAAAGAUGUCCAGACCAAUAAUGCAAUGAUAUCUUCAGGCUGAUCGGACUUACAACCAAAACUGUUACUAUUAUGUUGCGUUUAGGAAAAUUUGCCGUCUGUUACUAGUGGUUAAUCAUUCUAUUCUACUUCACCUUGUUUUC